AUGGCGAGCAAUUAUUAUAACUACAAUUACGGAAACUCGUCCCAUCCGCAGAACCAGCAGCAGCCCUUCUCAGAUCAAUAUCCAUCCACGGCCCCGGCUGCUGCUACCGCCCCCCAGACAUCGCAAACAUACUACCCCGCAAGUCAGUCGCAGCCACGGCAGACGGCUUCGGCGGUAAGGCAGUCGGUAGCUGCUGACAGUAGAUCGAAUACUACACAAUAUAAUGGCCUUCACUUCCCUGCUCCGGCACCUGCAAGGCAAACGGUAGCGCCGACAAGCCACGAUAUUGGUCACUUGGCCGGCUCAGCUGUAAAUACCGUUGGAAAUUCUGGUGGAGGGUCUAGGUCUAAUGCUUCGGCCAUGGGGGGUGCAACGGGGUAUGGAUCUACAGGCCAUUAUCAGCCUGCAAGCAAACAGUUGGCCCCUCAGCCGAGACAGCGGGCCGAUAAAGUAACGGGACGGACCCAUGAUCGCGCAGAACAUGCCUUAUCGGCAUCUACGGGGUGGAAUGCUGAAACUAGCGCCGCUUCGUCAAUUGGACAGGUAGCUCCAGCAGCUGCAAGUGUCGACUAUGGGUAUUCAUAUAGUAAGGCCAAUUCUGCUACUUCGCAGCAACAGCAGCCACAGCAGCAGAAUUACUAUGUUGCCAAAAGGGCCUCAGCUACAUCCUCAAAUAAUGCACAAAAAACAUCAUAUAAUAAUUCUGCAUCUCGGUCUUCCUCGGCGACGUCGAAGCAGCCCUCCCAGGAACAUUUAAACCAGGGCUAUGGGCAACCAGCUCAAACCAACUCGAAGUCAUCCUAUUCGUAUGAACCGCCACCAGUAAAAAUAAACCCUUCGAAUACCGCGCCUGCAUACCAGCAAACUGCAGAAUAUGGGAAAACAUACAGCGAUGAUGCCGAUCAAAACCAGUCUUAUCUCCACAGAGUUUACACUCUUCCCCAACCCACUCCAACCAGAAAUGCCACCGAUAACUCAAAUUCGUACUUUCCUAACACACAUGCUACAGAAACCUCUUACAACCCUUCAUCGCAAACUCCAAAGUCAGGUACGAUGGCCCAGACGGCCUCGUAUAGUAAACCCGCGCAGGAUCUAGGAAGAGCAUCGUCUACCACCACCUCGGCAUCCUCCUAUAACCAUGGUAACUUAGCAUCUGCCCCUGCGCAGCCCAACCAGCAGCAAUACUACCAAGAUUAUGGCUCUGCGAACGGCCCCCAGCAUCCGGCGGCCUCUUACAAUAACGUAGCUGCUUCGAUGGUGUCAGCCGCCCCAGCUGCCCCCAUACCUACCCCAGACUCGGUUUCUGUCCCACAACCUCCUACAACCCCGACACCUGUUGCCAAGAAGCCUAGAAAAUUACGUCAAUCGUUAUCGCAGAAGUCGCCCGCGAAAAAAGCAUCUAAAUCUCGGACACCGAAGAAAUCUAAUGGAACAGCAGCUUCCUCAACCACCACUGAGGUUCCAGGUUCUCAGCACCCAGAAUCGUUGCCUGCGCAACAUACAUUCUACCCAUCCGAGCCCGAGCCCAAGUUUGGUAAAUCCUCGACGAAAACCGGCGCAUCUCAGAGGGCUGUUAUGAAUGUGGAUCUGCCGCCUGAGCAGUCGCUCUCUCCUGACCCUCUGGGAGGGCCAGAAAUGCAUACCAUGGAGCAGCACAUGCGUGAAAUGGUGGAAAAAAUGCGAGAAUACCAAUCAAAAGAUCCCACCGCCUUCCAACAAGUAUGGGAAAACGUCAAACGCGGUAACCCUCCUGCGGCUGGUGGGAAAGGAGCAGCUUCAAUUUCCUCAAUGGGACUGAAAGGCACCCCUGGAAUCGAUAGCCCGCGACAAGUAGUUGCGAGUCUUGCAAAGCCGCCAGCUACCAAACAACAGGCUCCAGUUGCUAUAGGGAAGCAGAAUACAACUCUAGGGAGUGCCGCUUCACAAGCGCAAAAGACGGUCUGGCCUUCUAGCCAGAAAAUUGCUCUGUCGCAAACAGUUUCUACUUUCCUCACAAGCUCUAGUCAAUCAUGCUCGGAAUCAUAUGUAAUGAGCCUCCUUGAUUAUGGCCCGACUUUUGUAGAAUUAUGCCAGAAGCUUGAGAAUCACGGUUAUCGUUUUGAAAGGAACGAUCUUGCACAAGAAUUGCUGAAAACUACAGAAAGUGUCGAUCCCUCAAAAGCUGCGUCAACAGCGUCUCCCGCUAUAUCAGCAGCACCGCCCUUCUCAGAUGUUCCAUCUAGAGCAAUGACACCCCAAUCUAUGAAGUCGUUCAAUCCACGAAAUAUCAAAGAUUCAAUCACUAACCUUAUCCCCCAAGAUCAUCAUCGCGACCAUUCCCAGAACUUUGUGGCCCCAUCUUUGAUCUAUCGCGAGGUAUCAUACCCGACCCAUUUCGGUCAACCAGAGUCUAAUGUACGAUCUGACGAGCCCGCGGCGCCUCCAACACCAGUUCCAAUGCCUAUUCCUGACACUCAUACUAUUGUUGAGAAACCAGCUCAGGGACCCGGUAAAAAACGGGUCUCUCUAGCAAAGAAGCCCCAAAAGUCCUCCUCUUCGAAAGUUCCCCAAACGCCCCAAACGCCCCAAACGCCCCACCCCAAAACGCCCCACCCCCAGACUCCUCAAGCGUUACAGACGGCACACUCGGGUUCUGAGUCGCAGGCACCGGUCGCACCCCAGCCAGGCUUUUCGCCGGCUCCGAGGGAAGAAUCGAUGCCUGAUGCUAGCCCUCUCACUAUUACUAUCACUCAACCUAUUUCCCGUUAUGAGAACCUUAUUCAGGCUGCAACGCCUCGCAAUUCAUUGAUUCAGCCUCAGGGACAUGAUGACAAUUCUGCCCUUGAGAAGCUCCAAUCGAAGCUAGAAGCCCAGAUGUCACGAUUGAAGAGGCUUGAAGAACCAGUAGAGCUUCCGCCUCCGCCUGUUUCUGUUCCAUCCCAAUCAGCCCCACCACAUCCACCUCCACCUCCCCCGCCAUCUCGUAAACCUGCCUGGCCACGCGCUCAAACUUGGGAUAGGAAAAAUGCUCUUAGACGUAAUACGUACGAUCCUCGAACGAUUGUUCAUGACGUUUUGCAAGCUACCGGCCGCCACCCGCAAUACGAAGGUUUAAAUAGCGGCCUUGCAAUUCUAAAACGGCUCCACCCGGAUGUUUUCGACAGUAUGACAGAUCUUGCAGCGAUACCCUGGGAUAUAUAUGACCCUCCUCCAGCACCACUUCCAGGUGAGGAGCGGAAGCCGAAAAGAAGCAUUGUACUCGACGAGGAAGAAACAAGGGGCAGGAAACGAGAACCAGUGCCGUUUAAAGGAAUUCCUAGGGCAGAAACCGUCCCUUCAAUCCCGGCGCUCAUGCCGGAAGGAAAGGUUAAAGGAAAGCGUGGCCGUCCAAGAGGUAGCAGAGGUACUCCCCGGAGCGCCCGUGGGGGGCGAGGUGGCGCUACGGCUGGGGGACCUCUGGGAACCUCCGACACCGCUACGAAUUCCGCUGGCGAUCCAUCUACAGCAGCCAACGUUCAUAGAUAUGGUACGGUCACUCGUGUCAACAUCAACAGUCUAAGAAACGGGGGAAGCGCUAGUAGUAGUAGGGGUGAUAGUGGUAGAAAACGAAAGUACGGUGACUCGCCAGAUCCACAUUACCCCGGUGAUGGCGGUGGUGGCACAUGGGGCGGUAGCUCGUUCCAGACGAUUCCUGCAUUCAAAUGCCAGUGGGAGAAAUGUAACCAGGAGCUACAAAACCUCGAAACUCUCCGCAAGCACUUGGUUAAGAAACACAAGGCUGAAAAUAUUCAAGGUGUGCUACCUUGCUGUUGGGGCAAUUGCGGAACGUUGGUACCUGUUGGGAUGUUAGAUUCACAAACAGGAAAGCAAAUAUUCGAGCAGAGGAGACGGAGAUUACAUUUUGGGAGCGCAAUAGCGUGGGAUAGUCAUGUUUUGGGAGAGCACUUGAAGGUCGUUAGAAACGAACUUGGCGACGGGAUGAGUGUUUCCGCGGCUCGUUCAUUGUCUCGAGACUCUUCUGCGCAUUCAGUCGAGGGCCGUCUACGCUCUAUGUCUCUUGACCGAGCUGGCCGCUCCCUUACGCCUGUUAUCACACAGGCGCCCCAUGGGUAUAAGUUUACACCACCACCUGGUUUCUCAGGCGGCAUCCAAUUCAAGCUUGCUCAUGAAUUCCCCGAAGAAAUCGAUAUCGAGACCGAUGCAGACGAACAAAGGUUUUUCGAGAAUGAAUUAGCGAGGAUUGGGCGUAUGGGAGCCGGGACGGAAUCCUUCAAUAUUCCCGACCUCCCAGGCUUAGAAUUCGACAAUACUGAAGGAUGGUCUAUCAAGACCAGGAAGCUAACAACUGACUUCAGCAAAGUUGCACCUCUUCCUCCCCAAGGUUGGAAUGAAUCCGGUAGUAGCGAGAAAGGGAAAGGUCGAGCUGAUGACCGAUGA